UCACUCUUAUUAGUUCGGUUCGAACCGUCUGCGCGAUCGGAGUAAAUCGAAUACAUUUGCGCGCUCUGUGAGCUGUGAGCUGAGAGCCCCGUGGUGACAAUAUUCGCUUUCGUUUCGUCCCAUUCCAGGCAUUCCACAAGAAGAACAAACGAACUGAAGGAAAGACCCAUCGCGAGGUGAACAGACAGUGUUUGUGUUUUUUUGUUUCUACGUACGGUUAGCUUGCUUGUGACUUACUGCAGCGAUAGACCACCGAUCACCGUCAUCGUCAUCAGCAGUGAUCACCCGGUUGGUGGUCAAACGAUCGGUGGUGGGCCCUUCGUGCUUAGAUUUGAAGACUGAAGCUCGGGAGCAUUGUCUAUCGAUCGGUAGUGCAAUCGCGACGCGAACCAAACUGUGGAUUACUUAACAAAUAAAAGUGCAGCAUUAAUUGAAUGAUUUUUGACCGUCGAAUUGCCGCCGCCGCCGGCGAAGAGAAAGAGUGAAAAAAAAGAAAAAAUACGGGCGCGGAACAAUACUCAGGCUCGGGCGACGACACACGGUCAACAUGUGGCUAACCGCGCUUAGCCCGGGAAACCCACGAUAUGCCCACCGUCCGCGUCCGCACAGGCAUGAUUGCGUGAUUGGCCCACGCCCCUCAGCGACCGAAAAUAAACUCAACUCGGGUCUACUCCUGUGAAAGGAAUGCGCACAAAUACACAAGAACGAAUCCUUCGGCAUUCGAAGUUUGUUUUGCUUAAUUGUUAUUUGUCUUCUGUCACUUGAUUUGUUUGAUUAAUUUUUUGUUCUUACUUUGGUGUUUAAUUAAGAAUUAUCGUCUUAAAUUAGGAAGGAGUGCGUGCGUUAAAAACGAAACGAAAGGAAGAAUACUAAUCGAAACGGAAAAUAAAAGUGCAGAGUGGUUCGAAGUUUGCGAAGUUUUUAUCUGAUGAAAUCACGACCGGGUAACGACGUUAUCGGUGAUUGUGUAAAUUUUGUCGUCAGGACUGACUAUCGUUGAUCGUUCAUUGGGUUCAGUGCGACGUGUUUGGAUGUAAAACGGUACACAUUUAGACGCAUCACACCCACUUCACAUGCGUGGAAUCAACCAUUGAAGUAAAGCACCGGUGAGUGAACGUUUUACCCCAUUGGCUUGAUGCUUUACAAGCCAGAACGACACGGACAGCGUGAGCCCUAUAAAAGCUGAGUUGAAUUACAGAAGUGAACCGUAAGUGCAUAUGGUAGCGGUGAAUGAAACAACACAAAAAAAGCCUUACAUCAAUGAAGCGAGAAGGAGGGACUAUUAUAGGGCAUAAUCUGUAAUACUGGGCAACCCGAGCUGGGACAGCGGCUGUGAGGAAACAGAUUCACUUUCUCCCCGGUUUACACGGACGGUGUGGACGGUUUCGGAUUUCUGGAAAGUGAACGCGCUCUGCAAAGAUCUGCCACCAGGAUGACGAACGAUAGCAACAACAGUAGCAGCUGCGGUGGGAAGGCCGGCAGCAAAAUGGACUCACGCAUCGGGCUGGAGUACAUCGUGGAGAACCACGACUACGUCACCAAGCUGGGCCUAGCCCUAGAUACCAGCAAUGCGACGGUGAAGAAGCAGGUUUUUGAACUGCUGUCAGCACUGUGCGCCUACAGCUCGAGCGGUUACAAGCGGACCAUCGAAACGCUGGAACACUACAAGAACAUCAAAGGCGAACGCUAUCGGCUCAAUAUAGUUGUGGUGGAGUUAGACAAAACAACUUCGGUCGAGUAUCAGAUUGCGUUACUGGCGUUCAUAAAUUGUGUCAUUAUAUCGGCUGCCACGCUGCAGGAUCGGAUACGAAUGCGAAAUGAAUUUAUAGGUUUAAAUUUAUUGCCAGUAUUAAACAAUCUCAGGCGUAAUGCCAGAAACGUGCCGGACAUCGGAGUGCAGAUCGACGUGUUCGACGAGCAGCGAGAAUGCGACGAGUCACAGAGCCUGCAGGGGCCCGACGGAAUAAAUUUAAAUUCGCAUCUUGAUGUCUUCUAUGCGAUACUGCGACAGGUCGCCGGCACCCCGCAAGAAAUACCGUUUCUCAGCAUACUGCAGCACCUGCUACAGAUCGACCCGAAGGAGCCGAUCAGCGACAUCAUCUGGGACACCGCCGAAACGCUGGUGCACCGUGCGACCCUGCUAGAAAAUAAGGACGCUUCCGUACGUCUGCUGCGUGCGCCCAGCAUACAGAAGUUCGCUUGCCCCCACUGUCGGAGCGAUAUCACUAGUCCAACCCGAAGGCAAUCGGUGGGCCCCCAGGCGUCGGGACCAAACAACAUUAGCUCCAUUCACUCGUCACCAUCAUCCUUCCCAGUAGCUCAGGCACCCCCUCCUCCACCUCCACCUCCCAACUUGGCACCCCCACCGCCUCCUCCCCCUCCCUGUGUUCCUCCUCCUCCACCACCACCCAUGGCCGGUGGCCCGUCAGCUCGUGGUGGCCCUCCAAUUCCACCUGCACCCCCUGCUCCUCCCGCGCCAAACUUGCUGUCGGUGAAAGCAAACGAACUGAACAGACCAAAAACGCCGGAAGCUCAAAUCGAAGUGAUCAAACCGCUGCCCCAGCAGGAAACUCCAGUUCCACGCUCCAAAAUGAAAACCAUCAACUGGAACAAAAUUCCUCCGCAGAAAGUGUUCGGCAAGCCAAACAUCUGGUCCAUCGUGGCGGACUCCCACCAGGACAGUCCCAUGGCCGACCUGAACUGGGACGAAAUGGAGGGCCUAUUCUGCCUGCAGCAGGCUCAAGGCUCACCCAAACUUGGUCGCGAUGGCACAGCUAGCGGAUGCGAUACCCUUGAGCGGAAGUCCCGCAAAGAGAAUGAAAUCACACUGCUCGACGGUAAGCGUAGCUUGAAUGUGAACAUUUUCCUCAAACAGUUCCGCACCUCGAACGAGGACAUCAUUCAGCUGAUACGGAACGGAGAGCACGAGGAUAUCGGGGCGGAGAAGCUACGCGGCCUGCUGAAGAUUCUACCCGAGGUGGACGAACUGGAAAUGCUCAAGUCAUUCGACGGUGACAAUAAUAGGCUAGGGAAUGCGGAGAAGUUUCUGCUGCAGCUGAUUCAAGUGCCUAACUACAAGUUACGAAUCGAAAGUAUGUUACUGAAGGAAGAGUUUAAGGCGAACCUAAUUUACCUGGAACCAAAUAUCAACGCAAUGCUUUACGCGGGUGAAGAUCUGAUGAACAAUAAGGCCUUACAGGAGGUCCUGUACAUGGUGGUGGUGGCUGGCAAUUUCCUCAACUCGGGUGGAUAUGCCGGAAAUGCGGCAGGUGUGAAGUUGUCUUCGCUGCAGAAACUGACGGACAUCCGGGCCAAUAAACCAGGUAUGAAUUUGAUACACUUUGUGGCCCUGCAGGCCGAGAAGAAGAACAUUGCACUGCUGGAGUUUCCCGGCCAAAUGUCCACGCUGGAAAAUGCGACUAAGACGACCGUUGAGCAGAUUAGCAACGAGAUCAACGCCAUCGAUAGUCGAAUCAAGAAGAUCAAACGACAGAUCGAACUGCCGAAGACCGAGGAGGAUAUCAAGUAUCAGAUGGGGGAGUUUAUCACCGCCGCCGAAAGGGAUAUCGUGAUGCUGCAGCGAGCUCUGAAAGAGCUGGAAGCCAUGCGAGUACAGUUGGCUGACUUUUUCUGCGAAGACGUGGGGACGUUCAAAAUGGAGGAGUGCUUCAAGAUUUUCCAUAACUUCUGCGACCGGUUCCAACAUGCGGUAAAGGAUAACGAGAAACGUCGGGUUCAGGAAGAGCAGGCGAUAUUACGACGGAAGCAGCGAGAAGAGCAGCUAGCACUGAAACGAAGGCAAUCAAAUCAACCCGGAACUCCAGUAUCCGAUUCGGAGAAUAGUCUUCUACUCGAUCCGUUGCAAUAUGACAUGCGAUAUAGUCCUGCGAUGUCAAGGAGACGAAUCGGAUCGUUUGCCAGCAACGGAGAGCCGGUGUUUCUGCGGGAAGAUUGUCCUUCUCCGGAUAUCACUCCAAAUGGAAGUCUCCGGAGGAGACGAAGUCGAGUGCUCUCGGAGGAGGAUGAAGGUAAUCUCAUGGACUUCCUGCGCUCGUCUGGCCAUGAAAGUGGCAGUCGAGAGCGGAAGUCCGUAUCGUACGGUGGCAGUCUUGACCGAUCCUGGGCUCGCCGAGCUCGAUCAGGAAGUGGUAGCAAGAAACGUCCGGAUCUUUUGAACGUGGACUUCGGAAACGAUCGGGAACGACCGAAUUCGCCCUCGCCGCUAGCCGAAUCGAAACCUCUGCCAGUGGAGGAAAAUAAACCGAGAAUUUCCAGGGAGUGGCGACAGAAAAUCGAAUCAUGGCUACAGGCGAACGAGGCGGACGAGAAGCAGAACGAAGACUACAAGAAAAAGAGGAAACUGUUGGCUGUCAACCGUCGAUCAUAUGAGACUGACAACGAGAGCGAUCGCGGCAGCAAGCUGGACCCCCUGCCCGAAGAGAAGCAACCGGCGCAAACGUCUCCGGAGAGUGCCCUCGAUCAGUUACCAACGACUUACAAGCGUGUUUAUCCCGACUGGAAACCGUCCAGUGCUCUCGAGAAGACUGACGUUAUGGGAACCAUGGAAGUUAUUGCCGGUGCUAUUCCAUCGACCCAAGACAAAUCGGCAUUGCGUAAAUCUAGCCUCAAUAGUCCGGAAGACAUAGACGCCCGGCGGUAUCGAAGACAACGGUCGCGAGAAGGUGCCCCACCGAGCUCAAGUCUGCAGUCCAUCCUGGAGGAAGACAAGCGCAAAUCCGUGAUCCAAUCAUUGGGUGAACGAACGCCCUCCGAUCGGUUGCAAAUCUACAUCCGACGAGGAUCGGACAAUACAUCACAACCGGAGAGUACAGUGACUUCCCCGAAGUCUACAGCCGGCAACGGCGAUGAAAACAAGCAAUCUAUCUACAUUCGCCAGUCACACGGAACCGACUACGGCAAGUCCAAGCCCGUCGAAACGAAAUCGAAAACCGAAAAGCAAUCCAUUUACAUCCGGCCAAACGACAACACCUCAUCAACCAUUUCGUCGAUCAAUUCGUCCUGCACCAGCACCAGUGAUAACCAGUUACCGAUAGAAAUACCAUCCGUAGCACCUCCACCAAGAAGGGCACGCCGAACGCACCACAUCUACGACGAGAAAACGAACAACAAAAUAGAAAUCGACUCGGACAACAUCGAAACACCGCCAUCCAUCCGGAAAAACUUCAAUCGGGAUCAUCAAACUCCCAUCAUUAGCAGCUCUUGCAGGAAGCUUCAUCAGGCCCCAGAAAGCGCCAACGAAUCGGAAGCGAAGAUUGCUCUUAAUAAUCUCACCGAACCAGAGCCCCUGGGUGAUGGUCAGUUCGAUCGGUUCUCGUCGACACGCAGAACGCGACGGUUCAAGCGACCCGUCGAUCUGAGCAGCGGCAACGAAACUACCUCGCCGGAGUCUCUUCCGGAUAACCCACUUUCGCUGGAAUCUAUUCGAAGUCCCGUGGUAGCCGCUGUAGCGGAGAUCGAGUCGACCGAGAAGCAGAAAGAACUCCGGCUGAAACGUUGGCAGGAUAAGCUGAACAGUUCGGGUGGAACUGACGAGCGGAGUAAACCAUCCGUGGUUUCCGGUAAGCUUACGCGAGCCGGGCGGAACAUGAGCAGAAUCAGCCAGGAAGACGUACGUCAGGCUAUUCGCAGUCUCAAAUCUCCCACACCCGAAAGAAGCUGGAGUCCAUCGAAGGAGAUAUCACGUGAGGCGCCCGGCACGGUGAAGAUUAUAAGCCAUGAGUUGAACGACGAAGGCUUCGAAGAGACGCAGAGUUUAGUUUCCGAUACACCGUCCCAUGGUAAGGAUAGUACUUCCUCGUGCAAUGAUUACGGAUCGGAUUCCAAAACGAAAACGAUCAAACCUCUUAGCGGUGCAACUGACGGUAGUCCGAAGAAGUCUCUAAACAGAGGAAGCCCCAAUCUUCCCAGUCUGUUGAUGAGCAAGAACCAAUCUGCCUUGGAGCGUAGCAAAUCCCUGAGGGGAACUCCGCCCUCUCUAGUCAAUAAGAACCUGUUACCACGUCGAACGAAUUCGAUGAGGAAAUCCGAAUCGCCUCUGACCGGCACAAACGUCGCCAAAAGUCAGCUCGAUGUCGAGCGGAGUAACUCACGAACGAGUUUGCGAUCGUCCCGCUCUUCGCUGAGCAGUGCGGUCUCGACAAAAACAGUCAAAAAGGUGCCAUUACGUCCAAAGUCAUCACCCCUCACCACGUCCAGUGUUCCGGCUGGUCCCAGUGCUGUACCAUCGUCCCUUUCGGCCCACAGUUCUCCUUCCAAGAGACCUCUGAGUGCUGGUAGCACCCGAACGACUCUUUCCGGAACGCCAGCAAGCCGCAGCAGCUCCAGCGGUUCCAGUAUAGGGCCUACUUCAGCAACGAUGGUCGCCGCCAGGAAACCUCCACUGAAAUCCGCCGGUUCCAGUUCGCUUGGACCCAGUACUAGCUUUAAAGAAAACCAAAAUCAAAACACAAUCCGCAGCAGACUGCAGAAUAAGGCAUCCAGCAACACCAGCAUCGCCAAUUCGGCCGGCGGUGCCUCCUCCGGUUCGAGUGGCUCGGCCCGUGUCAACUCUGCACGGAGUACCACCAGUGUGUCCUCUCGUACCGGUGGAUUCAUGCGCCCAACCACGGCCAGUGCCACCAAGGUGAAGGGAAAAUAGGAGAAUCCGGAAAGCUUACAAUCCAAGCUCUAUUUGCAAAUGUUAGGAUUUUAGUGGAAGUGACACAACUUUGCAUACUUGAAAUUUAAAGAAAAAUGCUGAAGGUUUUUUUAGAAUUGAAAUACGCAAAGUAAAAAGUGCUAGACUCGAAAUUCCACACUUUCUUUCUUAAUUCACUUGCUUCGGUUGAAAAUGAUUGUUACGCAUUUUGCCAGAGCCUACUUUUCGACAGCGAUAGUCACACAAUUCCGGGGUAACUCGGAACUGAAAUUUCCGUCCACAAACAGUCCAGUUGAAGCACAGUAGUAAAAAAAGUAAACAAAAUCACGCACUCAAACAUACUCAGGCUCAGUCCGAGCGAUCAAACCAUUCUUUUUUUUGGUGCAGUUUCCACAAUUUACCUCCAUUUCGAAGGUGUGCUCUACAUACUAUAAAUCGGUCCUCUCUGAAGCGGAGAAUCAAAUUUAAGCUAAGUCAGUUAACGUCAUUCGCGAAUGUUAGUAUUCAUAAGAAUAAGAGCCCUCUCUUCUCCUAAAAAAAAAGGAAAAAGAAAAACAGCAGCACUCGACUAAUGUAUGUUAAACGUGUUAAGCCGCUAAGAGUGAAAUUAAAGGCGACUAUUUAACGGUUAGAAAUAAUUUAUUUACAUAAAAAAAGCUUUUGCUUUCACAGAGCAAUUUAUACGUACGGAAAAACAAAAACUAGGACAAAAGCGUUUUUUGUAGGAAAGUGACGAUCAAAAAAUUCAUUGCCUGUACUGCUGUGCGACAUUCGAAACCUUCGGUGCAAUCUUUUUUAUCUCUCUUUCUCUCUAUUAAGCUUAAUUUAUAAAAAAAAAAAACGAUAAAUCAUAGAAAAAAAUCCCUCUUCUCAACAGUGCUUUCUAAACAUUUCGAAAGCUAUAACACAAUCGUCAGCUGAAGACUUAUAUUAACAUGUAACGAAUUAUUUAACAAUCGGAACAAUUCGAAGCAAAAAUUAAAACGAGGUAAGUUAGUAGUAGGUUGUUUAACAGUGCUACCAAUCAUGUACGUUGUUAGCCGCUAGGAGCAGUUAAAAGUUCGUUGAAAACCCCUUCUUUAAAGCAAAAACUUAGAUAGAUUUGACUGUGUACAAUAUGGGUUAAGACAACUUCACAAAACACGUGCGUAUCGUCCCAAGUAAUAUGAUAAAUCCAUAGAAAAUAGGCCUAAUCAUUCCUUCCAACUAACGACAGGAUUAAAAAUAAAACAACUUUGUUUUUUUUUUCGAAAAAAAUUUUUGGUUUCGGAUCACGUUAUAUAGAAAAACUGUUUUUUGGGUAUAAAUUUAAAACUUUCGGAUAAAUGAUAUUAUUAAAAAUUUACCUGUAUUUAAGAGCAAAAUGUGAAACAAAAAAACACGAUAGAAAAAAAAUGCGAUAUUAGUUAUUGGAUACUAAUCGUUCUAACCCCUUUACAUACAUAUAGUGAAGCAUGUAAACGAAACAUAGCCAAUCAUAACAGCAGACGAGUCGAAUGUUAUUGGAAGUAAGCGAGCAUGUCUAACGGACGAGAACAGGAACAGUUCAAGACCCGUUGAGUAUGGGGCUGAAGAAAAUCAGACACAUAAAUGAGCAAAACAAUGUUCCAAGGAUUGAGAUUGUGUACAUUUUAAAAAGCGGAAUAAAUUUUUUACGACAAUACA